AUGGCAGCGAAAACUGCCUGGGGACAGCUGCUGCCGUCGUCAUAUGACCAGUUCUUAUGGCGGAAGAACUUCCGUCAGUUGCGAAUCCGAUGUUUGCCGAGUUCAAUCUGUUUCAUUUCAGCUUGUCCUGAUGAUAAGAUCUACGUGUACGUGAACGACUCAGCCCACGACAGGACGCCGUACGUGUUCGUCGAAUUGUUCGCGGAUAGUCUACAGGAUUGCAUUCACAAGUGUUUUGGUAAUCAGUUCUGCUAUUCGCUGAAAUACGAUGUGAGUGCAGUGGAGCGAUGUUCCCUGUACUAUUUUGCCGCUUACAAUUGUACUGGACAAGAACUUGUACUGGCCAAUUCCGUCCACUACAAUGGAGGAGCGACUACCAUUGACUGUCUGCGAUGUCCAGCGAACGGCGAUUUUGGUAUGUCAUCACUCAGACUUGGAAAAUGUACUUGCGCGGACGUUGAUCUCAUUAACUGCGAAAUUAUCAUGUCAAAAGUCAAGUAG